AUGAUUGGAAUUUUUCCCAUGGAUACCCCGAAUAUUUUCAUGAACUUAAUUACAAUAUCAACGGAGAUAAAUGGUUCUAUCCUAUUGACGACAACCAUGUCGAUUUUGUCGUAUUCACAGAAACCGGGCGAGUUGUGGGCGUAG